UACAUGACCUCAACCUCGCUUAAUUCUCGGUGUGGACAUGAGGCGAGCACUCAUAGCCACGUUGCGUGAUUGGUUCUCGGCUGCUUUGAUUACACAGCAAUGGUUGUACGCCAAUCAACGUUUAGCCACGGGGGUGUGCAAACGGAUGAAUAUGGUGAGUGGAUAGGAUGACAACCGCUCUUUCUCUCAACCAUGAUGAUCAAUUCAUUCUGGCAAAGAUAAGAGGAAGACAACCUUUAUCUCUGCCAAACUGAUUUCAUCUUCUUCUUGAAGUUUUUCAAAUCGCAAAACUUCUCAUCAUGGCGAUUCAAAAGCACAUUUUGGUAUUGCACAAACGAAAAAAGCAAAAUGCAAAUGCUAUGUGGGUGAUGGUUUUGGGUUGUUUGACUUUAUGUUCGAUGACAACUCUUUGUUUGUUAUUCAACGAUUGGUCUUUAUUGCCUCAAGCAUAUAAUCCUAAACCGUUGAUCCUUGGUGAAGCUUUAUUUGAUCUAAGUCCGGAUUUAUUUCCUAUUCAUCAUCCUGAAAUUGGAAAAUGGGACAAAGCUGUCAAUGAAACAAAGAAACGGACGAUUCAAUUGGUAAAAAGAUGCAAUGACUCUUCUUGUCUCUCACUCUUGAAUCUUUUCCGUGAAGAAAAGAACGAUCAUCGACGUCUUACAGAUGGCAGUAGUAUUGAACAGAUGCAAGGACAAGAAGAACGAUCUAUGUUUCCAUCAAGCUCUGGUCUGGAUUCAUCAAGAAGCACGACAACAGAUUCCACGGAUGCAAGCUUGCAAUCGGAAAGUGAAACGAAUUCACCAUCUACAAAAAAACGUUUGCUGGAUUUUAUCACCGUGCUGAUGCGAAAAAGAAGUACCAAUGACGAUGCAAGGCCAACAUUCAAAAUGCAAAAAAGUCUUUCACUUGGUAGCAGUGAGAGAAAAGAAGCAAAAGAGAUGAAGGAAAGGAAGAAAUUGUUACAGGUCAUGCCAACUCAAUCAGAACCUUCUUCUCCUACAAGUGCUGAGCGUUUCUUUGAAGUUGAAAGUAAGCCUCGUAAAUCUAUUCUUAUCAAGUCUAAAUCGAGAAAGAGAUUCAGACCAAAAGAACACGUCUCGUUUGCGGUACAAGAAAGAGUUCAAACCAUUCGAAACCGGGUGUCUCCAAAACGAAAUAUCUUGUACAAUGCAGAAUCUGGUCAAAUGAGAACGGAUCUGAAGCCAGACAUGAUCACCCAAGAUGAUCAUGCUUCUGAAAAGAAAUCAAGCCAGUCCCAUAAUGACAAAGAUCGAUUGGUGAAAAGAAGUGGGCUUCCUCCUCUUGCUGCAACCAACCAAGAUAAUGCCUACUCUUUAUCUCAAUUUGAGAGUGAUUGGCACGGGGAUCCUAAUAGACGUAUCCGUACUUCUAGAAGAUCUUCGAGACCGAAUUCACCUGCAGCUUCACAAAACGAAUCUCCAGGCAGGUCGAUAGACUCUACGUUCCAUGUCGGUCAAAGUAGAAGAGCUUCAUAUAACGAUGUGCAUGAUCUUCUUUCUCUUCAUCGCAAUAUUGCAGAACAAGACGAUGUUCCACUUUCCCAAUAUGAUACAGGCAGGCAUGCUCGUCCUUCAUCCAGAAGGAUGGCAAGAACACCUUCACCGAAGCCCUCGCCGAGUAUGGCUAGCGAAGGACGUACAGUGGAAAGAGGCUCUCCAGCACAUGCUAUAUCUCCAUACCAUGAAAAGAUAAAAGUAGAAGGUGGUCCAGGUCGUGGUAGGCGACAUUCGUUUGACAGUGUUUCAGAAGGGUUGGAUAAACUAGGUGAUUCAUCUCCUUCAACACCUUCUUCGCCUUUUUCUCCAUUUGCUGAAGCUAGAAAGUCUUCUGUACGUUCCAGAGAAUCUCCUCGAGCAAGACGUGUAAGCUUCGAAGGAACAGAUGAUUAUCGAUCUAGGGGAUCAUCAAGUAGUCCAAGAAUCGUUUCCAAUAGACGGGAAGGACAUACGGAAGGUUUAUUAGACGCUCUUCACAUUUCAUCAGUCGAGAAACGCAAGAAAGAACAUUUUCAAAAGAGAUCCGAAUUCGGUGAAGAGGCAAGUCAAGCGAUGAAGAGAUGCUUUGGUUCAGAUUGCUUGUCAUCUCUGAAACCUAAAGAUAAGCUUGACGACGUGGAAUUAUUGCCAUUAAAGUCUAAAAAUCUUGAGAAUCGAAAAUCGAAAUUGUCAAAAAGCUCAAGUAUACCUCCUCAAUCGGACGUGGAAAUGAAUGCACCUCAAAGACAGACAUUUUCCUCAUCCACAAGAGCACAAAGCCCACUUUCUUCCGCAAAUAGAGAUCGUGAUUUACGCAAGUAUACUUUGAUGAAGAAUGUGCUCUCUCCUACCCAAGCGAUCAAGUUGGUAAAGAGAGGGAUUUCAAGUGAUGAGGGAAGCAUUAAGUCACAUUCAUCAAUUUCUUCUGAGAAACAAGCAUCGCCACGUCUUCCCAAAUCAAUCUUGAGGACGAAAGAUAGAACGAAAAAUGAAAAUUCACAAUUGAGAAGAGUGACAUUUUCUGAAGAAACAAAGUUCACUACUUCAAACAAACCGAGACCGUCUUUUAGAAGAAGUGGAUCGAGUUCAUCAAAGCAUAGAAUGCUAUACAGUACAUCUAAACAGCCACGGCGUUCUUCAACUUUACCGCAACGGUCUUCAACGUUUGAUGGCAGGAUUAAAGCGAUGCGAAUCUCAGAUCCCGCUCUUUCUGGCUCUGUGCAAGCGACUACUUCAACUGAAUUAAAUCGUAGUGCAAGACGACCUUAUGUCUCUUCUAAUACUCGAUUUACAAGCCAGAAAGGAAGAAGUUCUUCAAGUAUUGUUAGAAGAUCCGAUCGUACUUCUACAGUCUCUUCUCAGAAUAUCGAUUCGCAAAGUUCAGCCUCAGAUGAAACGUUAUCAAGAAACAAUUCUUCAGGAUCAAACUUUAGUAAAAGAGCUGAAUCCAUUCAUAGUCCGACAAAAUCGAGUUUGCGACCAAAAGAUGCGCCAAGAACAAAAGCAAAGAAGCAUGUAACUUUUGGUGGUGAAAGCAGUAUUGACAUACCAGACCAACCAAGCUCACCAAGAUCGCCUACAAAACAUGUAACAGAUAUGUUUGCAACAAAGCCAACGGUGUUGUAUGAUGCAUCGAAACAGCACCAAACUACGACAAGCUCUACAAGUCUGCAUGUGCAACCUAGUGUCAGUCCUAGUACGACCUCUAUUUCUUCAAAGUCGUAUGGAUCUAGAUCAUCCAGACCUAGUACGUCUUCUAGUCAUUCCACAUCGUAUGGAUCCAGAACUAAGUCCCGCGACCUUAUGUCAAACUUGAAGAGCGGCAGAAAAUACUACAAGAGAGAUCUAUUGGAAAAAAGAGCAAAAAAGCGUAAACUACGAACUGUACCUUCAAGUGAAUCAUUCAUUCACACUGCUGAUCAUCAUGCAAGAUAUGGCGCUUCAACAUCUGCUGCUGCACCUACAAAAAAGAUGAAGCAACAGCCGCAACUAUCAGCAACUACAAGUGAUCUAUCACCUUCUAAACUUGGUUUUGCAGGUUUACAUAUCACUUCAAAUGCCGGUUCACUAAGUACAUCAAGUCGAGAUAGCGUUAGCUCAAGACAACUACAACGUUCAGAUUCUCUACGUUCUACCGGCUCUUCUUCCUUUCGCAGACUAGAUUCAAGUCCACAACAUUUUCACACUUCUCCUCAAGUUUCACGGCCUGGAUCACCUGCUUCUCCAUCAGCUCAACAUGGAGAAUGGUGGACUGGUGGUCAUUCAGGCACUUCUUCUAGUGGUGGUGUCCCUUUCGUAUAUUGAUAGAUUCCUUCUCUUUUUAUCUGUUUCUACUAGAUCAAUUGACAUUGAAUAAUGAAUGAAUGAGAAAAUUGUUUUGGUAUUGCAAUGCCAAGAAAAGUGGG